AUGGCAAGCUACCGCUUCCUCGUCCAAAAGCUAUCCGGAUUCUUCACCGGCUGCGAGUUCCUCCACGUCCAGCGCGCAGAGAAUGAGGCGGCCGACACGCUCGCCAAAAUCGCCUCGUCCCGGCAGUCCAUUUCGUCCGGCAUCUCCCUCGAGCAUCUGCACAAGCCGUCCAUCAAGCCGUCUCCGGACUCCAAAUCCAUCCACGUCCCAGCCGACCCGGGCGCGCCUCAACCCGGCCCCGAGACUGCUCCAGCCGACCCGGCCGCGCCUCAACCCGACCUGAGGACUGCUCCAGCCGACCCGGCCGCGCCUCAACCCGGCCCGGGGACUGCUCCAGCCAACCUGGCCACACCUCAACCCGGCCUGGGGUCUGCUCCAGCCAACCUGACCACACCUCAACCCGGCCCAGGGGCUGCUGAACCCGGCUCGGGGGCUGCCACCCCGGAGCCUGCCAUAAUGGCUGUCUUCGCCGGGGUCACGGCACCAUCCUCGGCCCUGCCCAUCUCGGAGUUCAUGGAGAACGGGGUCCUUCCCAUGGACGAGACCGAAGCCCGACAAGUGCAGCACCGAGCGUCCGCCUAUAGCAUCAUCAACAACGAGCUCGUCAAGCGCAGCUCAACCGGCGUAUUCCAACGCUGCGUCGAGCAAGACAAGGGCAUUGAGAUCCUCCUCGACAUACACCAGGCAAGGCCGAUCAAGAAGCUGGACGGGCCAACGGCCGUUCGAUUCGUCAAGGACAUCGCGGUGCGCUACGGCAUGCCGAACAGCAUCAUCCCGGACAAUGGCACCAACUUCGCCAAGGGCGCACUCGCGCAGUACUGCUCCGUCUCCGGCAUCCGCCUCGACCUGGCUUGCGUUGCACAUCCGCAGUCCAAUGGCCAGGUCGAGCGGGCUAACGGCCUCAUCCUAUCCGGCAUCAAACCGCGACUCGUCGAGCCGCUCAUCCGUUCACCCGGCAGUUGGCUCGACGAGUUGCCGGCCGUCCUCUGGAGUCUCCGCACAACGCCAACCAGGUCGACCGGGUUCACCCCGUUCUUCGUCGUUUACGGAGCAGAAGCCUUCAUCAAGACAGUCGAGUUCGACUUGCCGCGCGUCACGAUGUACACGGAAGCCGAAGCCAAGAAGCCUGCGAAGACGGUAUCGACCUGCUCGAAGAAGCACGUCUCCUAG